UUGCACAGAUCCUUCAAGUGCAGGCUGUGCAAGCGCAGAAUGGUGAAAAUUACGGCAAGCUGGAUUUGUCUAUAUUUGUGGAUUUUUUGCUCUUAGAGUCUUUUUCUGUUACUAUAAGAUGUCAUUAGAUUUGAUUGAGGACGAUUAUGAAGCCUAUGAGGGAGAAAGUGGCGAAGAUGAUGGCACUAUGGUUUAUUCUGAUCGAACUGAUUUUAUGCCACAUUCAGCACUUGAGCAGUUCAGAAGCAGAAAUAGACAGUAUGGAAACGCUGUUUGUCCGGAAUGUAAGCAGUCGUUUGUCAAUGCAGCUCGACUGGAGCGGCAUCUGGCUGUUCACCAGGUUUUUGGAGCUUAUCUAUGUCCUUUGUGUGGAAAGACGUAUAAGUAUGAAUACAAUCUCUUUUUCCAUUGGCGCAAAACAUGUCAGUACCUCAAUGAACUCGUGAAAGUGGAAGAGCGAAAGACCAUGGAUGUCCAGUCAUUGCGACUUCUCGUGGAAGAAGUAGUAGCGAAAAGGAAUGAGCUCGAACCCGUAGACAUCGGAAUCUCGUCGAAAGCGCUUUUUCCAGGUUCAACCUCAAUACAGCUGGAGAUGCCUGUCGAUCCUCAAAGUCCUCUUGCAAGAGCUUGUAUGAUCUGCGGCAUUUUGGUGGAUAGAAAUCACCUUCCACAGCAUGAAGCUCUUCACAGUUCGUCAACGGACACUGGCAUGAGACUGUUGGAUAUGCAGUCUCCAACUGGCGGCUACUACUGUGACCUGUGUGGGGUGGCCUUUAGGCGGAAAGAUAACUUAUAUGCACAUUGGCGGUCAAGCUGCCCUGAGAUAAUGGCUAACAUUGAGCCUGGAUCUGAGUUGUUUCUUAGUGAUACUGAAUUGAAAGGAAUGGUUUUGAAUCUGUUGAUGCGAUUGAGGAGGUUAUCUCGACAAACUCCUCUAAGGCCCAUCAUUGCAAAUAGAGAAGAUGGAGAGGAAGUCUUGCCGCAUCACAUGGAGGAUGUGCGCACAUCACAAGAGGGUAUCACUGCAGGCGCAGAUGAUGGUAAAGGCCCAUCUACGUCUUCGAAUAACGACGAAAAGGCGGUGGUUUUUAUGGAUGACUAUGUGAACCCAGCAGACACUGUAGUGGAUAUUAAUGGCGAACUUGUCAACGUAGUCGUUCCCGAUCGCAAUAAGUGGUGUAUCUCUGAAAACGGCAAACCUCUGGAGUGUCCUGAUUGUUUUCGGCAGUUUGCUAAUGCUGGUCGAUUAGAACGGCACAUAACUGGCUUCCAUUCUCAUUAUGGUGCCCACAAGUGUUUACUUUGUGGACAUAGAUUCAAGUACGAUUACAAUCUAUUGUUUCACUAUCGACAUAGUUGUGCAUAUACGAAGCUGCUGGUAGGAGCUGACGUUCGGAAACUGCUAGAUGCCACUUCUCUGAGAAAGCUCGUGUCUCAUAUCAAACAAACAGACCCAGAUCUGCGGCCAGGGAGCUCUCGACUGAUCAACAUUAAACGACGACCUUCUAUAAAACCUGUGCCAAGGAAUGUCUUGCCAUUGGGUAAAGGUGCAAAGGCUAAAUUCAAGCGUGGGCUAGACGAAGGAAAGAAAUGUCCGGUGUGUGAUGUGGUCUUCUUUGGCCAAAAAUCUCUAGAUAAACACAUUGGAACAGUUCAUCUGCUUUCCGAAAAUUUCUUGGAUAAGGCAAUAACCAGGGAUCAUGCGCCAGCUGUUGUGCAUUCUCCUGGAAUUGAUGUUGCUCAAGCACAGCCUGUAACGUCAUCACUUCGCGAUAGUUCCAAGGCAUCGCCAAGAAAAAACGUUACCAUACAAGAGCCGUCUUUUGGAGCUGGAGACCAGUCAGAAGAUGUUGAACCUCCUCCAAUUCUUGAGCCCGAGGGUCCUGGCGAGGAGGCUCCAACCCCUACUCGUUGUGUAGACGUACACGGAGACGAAGUCACAGAUUUCGACGCUGAGCAGUUGUCGGAAAUGGAUAUGAUGCUCUAUUCUGGACACCUAGCUCUGGGAGAUUUGGUCCUCACAUCAACACCUGGGGGAGAAGUGGAAUAUCGGGUUGCCGUUGGAACUCGUCACGGCUCACAAAUUGUUUUGGAGAAGAUCAGUAAGGCAUCUGCUGCACAAAAAACCAGCGAAACGCAAGACGAACGUGGUGCGCAACAACCUGAAGAAAGUAAUUCGAAAAUCAAAAACGACAACCACGACAAGACCAUUGCUGAUGAGAGAUAUGCCCAUGAUAGCGCUGGUCAAGUUAAUGAAGAAGGCGAGACCCUUGUGGAGGAAGAAGAAUAUGCAAGUCCAGAAAACGCCGAGAUCAUCGACUAUCAUAGUAGCCAGCUCGUGGCUUAUGAGGUUGAUGAUGCGGAUAACGAGCAGGGUACCAGGCGAAUUGUACGGAUGGUGGAUGACAAUAGACAGAUGGUUCAAUAUCUGAACGAUGAAGAAUUGCCUUGUGAAGCUUACAUACAGUACGUCGAUGAUGAAAAUGGACAACAGAUUAUGGAACUCAUAGGAGAAGAUGGGGAACAUAUAGUUCAAUAUCUUGACGCUGAGGAUAUGACUGAGGAAGAAGUGUUGGCUUACUUGAAGUCAGAACCUUCGAGCGCUUCGAGUCUUAAGGAGGAAAAGCCUGUUGAAGCUAAGAAGGAUGAGCAAAACUCCAACGUCCCCAUGAGGAACCCAUCUAGUCCAAAUAAUAUGCCGGAAGAUUUUAUGGAAGAGGAUUGAGUCGUUGGCACCUAGGAAGCAAAAGAUUAUCUACAGGACUCCCUCCCUUUUUCUUGUCCGUCCAAGCAUUUCUUCGGGUCCAAUUUUCACUUUUAGCUGCAUGUGGAAUUUUCAAACUCUUUUAUCAGUUAUUUUCCGGUACUUCUUUCAGUUUUGUAAAGCUUCCAAUAAUGUAAAAGUGAGUAGGUUUUUUAUAGCAUCCGGAGGAUGCUCCUUGUAAUGGAAGUAAAAGUUCUACAAACUUGUGAUGAUUCAUACCAUUGUCUCCAUAUACGUACCUUCAUUUUCCUUCGCUCAAGUACAAACUUAUGAAUUUUCACGAUUUGGUUCUGCUCUGUUGAAUGUUAUAUAAUACUGAUG